AUGGUCUUUCUCAAGUCCGCCCUCAUCGUCGCCUCCCUCGCAGCCAUCAGCUCUGCCGCUUCUGUCCGUCGUCAGACUCCUCCAACCUGCUCGACGUCCUUCACGGGCCAACUCGCCCUGAAGCCCGCCAGUGAAGGCGAGAAUGAUUCUGCCUUCACAUACGUAGGCAUCGUCCCCAAUGCAAAGCAUAGCGGCACCGACGGAUCCAAUGACCAUCUCCUCGUUACCAAGAACGACGAUGGCUCUCCAGUCCAGCCGCAAGAGUGGGAGUUUGCUCGAUGUACCAGUGAUGAUGGGCACGCGCUCCCUCCGGGCUACAAGACGCCCACGAGUGGUCCUACCAACUUGAGCUAUGGUAUCAUCCGACCCAAGGGAGCGACGCAGCACUGCUUGGCGCUCGAGAGCAAGAAUGACGCCAACACGGGGGCGCGCAACUCGAUUGUCGACUCCUUCUGCACCAAGGUGCCUGAAGAGUACCGUCUUUGGAUGCUCGAGAAGUAUAUCUACGGUAGCUCUGGCGCUGGGUCGCGCCUCUUCUUUGCCAAUGAAAACGAGACUGCCAUCAUUGGUGACACGGCUCAUGCCGAGGUUCAGUUCUUUACUAAGACGAGCAUGCCUGAGGGGAAGACGGCUCAGCAGCUUGUUAUUGUACCCACCUAG